UCUGCCCUGCAGGUUCCCUGCCUGUGCAGCGGUGCCUCCUGUUUGCUGUGCCGGUGUUGUCCCAACAGCAAGAACUCGACAGUGACGCGUCUCAUCUAUGCCUUCCUCCUCCUCCUCAGCACUGUUCUUGCCUGCAUCAUGCUGGCACCGGGGAUGGAAGAGCAGCUGAAAAAGAUACCUGGAUUUUGUGAUGAGGGGCUUCAUACUCGGAUACCGCAUAUGGAUGGCUUUGUCAGCUGCGAUGUGUUUGUUGGAUACAGAGCUGUGUAUCGAAUCAGCUUUGCUAUGGCAGUGUUCUUCUUCCUCCUCUCUCUGCUCAUGAUAGAAGUGAAAACAAGUAAUGAUCCGAGAGCCGCGGUGCACAACGGGUUCUGGUUCUUCAAAAUAGCUGCCAUUGUGGCUAUCAUGGUUGGAGCGUUUUACAUUCCCGAAGGGCCUUUCACAAGAGCUUGGUUUGUUAUUGGUAUUGUUGGAGCCUUCUGCUUCAUUCUUAUCCAGCUGGUGCUUCUUGUGGACUUUGCUCACUCCUGGAAUGAGAGCUGGGUUGAGAGAAUGGAGGAGGGAAAUUCUAAAUGUUGGUAUGCAGCUCUGCUGUCCUGUACAAGCUUGUUCUACGCCUUGUCGCUGGUUUUUGUUGUGCUCUUCUAUGUUUUCUACACCAAGCCUGAUGACUGCACUGAGAACAAGUCCUUCAUAAGCAUCAAUAUGAUCCUGUGCAUUGCUGUCUCCAUUGUUUCUAUCCUUCCAAAAGUUCAGGAACAUCAGCCCCGCUCUGGCCUCCUCCAGUCCUCCGUCAUCACGCUCUACACCAUGUAUCUGACUUGGUCAGCCAUGUCCAACGAGCCCGAACGAAACUGCAACCCAAGCUUGCUGAACAUCAUCACCCAGAUAGCUGCACCCACAGUUGGUCCGGCAAAUACCACGGCGGUACCUGCUACGCCAGCUCCCCCCAAGUCCCUGCAGUGGUGGGAUGCCCAGAGCGUUGUUGGACUGGUUAUCUUUGUCCUUUGCCUCUUGUAUUCCAGCAUUCGCUCUUCAAGUAACAGCCAGGUGAACAAGCUGACCCUGUCUGGGAGCGACACUGCCAUUCUGGAGGAGACUGUGGGAGCAGGCGGCGGGGCUGCGGAGGAAGGCGAGGUGCGCCGCGUCACGGAUAACGAAAAGGAUGGCGUUCAGUACAGCUACGCCUUCUUUCACUUCAUGCUCUUCCUUGCCUCUCUUUACAUCAUGAUGACACUCACAAACUGGUACAGCCCUGAUGCAGAUUUUAAAACAAUGACAAGUAAGUGGCCGGCCGUGUGGGUGAAGAUAACCUCCAGCUGGGUCUGCCUCCUGCUCUAUCUUUGGACCCUGGUGGCUCCUCUCGUCCUCACUAACAGGGACUUCAGCUAAAUUGCUGCGCCUGUCCGAGCUUACAAAAGUGGGGAACUUCUUGCUGAAAGCCAAAAUGUUCAUGUAUUGCUUUAGUUACACUAUGUUACUGUUUCUUAUGUUAAUAGGAACAUGCAGGCAAAUAGAAAGUUAUGUAUUGCGUAAUGCUUGAUGCAGGAUCAACAUUAUUAUUGGUUAUCUUUCUAUUU